CACGCACCCCCCUGCUACGUCAGAAGCUCCCGGACCAGCUCCGAGUCCUGUCGGUGGGGGCAGCAGGAUGCUGGUGGAAGCCGAGGGGGCCGGCCGGGUGCCUCCGCAGCUCGGCUGGCAGGGCCCAGCGCGGUGUGUGCGGCUGCCGGUGCGAGCACCCCCGCCCCAACCCUCCCCAUGCAGCCCUGGCAGUGCCUGCGGCGCUUUGCCCUGGCCUGGUGGGAGCGGACGGCUGAGGGCAGCUCCCGAUCUCCCAGGGAGGAGGCCGGACCGAAGGACCCCGGGGGCCGAAGGGAGCCAGAUCCGGAGCGGAGCAGCCCCCCCAUGCUGUCUGCGGACGAUGCCGAGUACCCACGGGAGUACCGGACCCUGGGGGGCGGGGGCGGUGCGGGCAGCGGGGGCCGGCGCUUCUCCAACGUGGGGCUGGUGCACACGUCCGAGCGCAGGCACACGGUGAUCGCCGCCCAGAGCCUGGAGGCGCUCAGCGGGCUCCAGAAGGCGGACGCCGAGCGCAAGCGCGAUGCCUUCAUGGACCACCUGAAGAGCAAGUACCCCCAGCACGCCCUGGCCCUGCGCGGCCAGCAGGACCGGAUUCGGGAGCAGGUUGGCGGCUGGACCGUGGACCCCGUGUGCCUUCUCAGCUCCCUCUGCUCCCACCUCCAUGGCGACUCCGCCCCCUCCGGGGCUGGCCAGCCGGCCCAGCAGCCAAACUACUGGAGUUUCAAGACCCGCAGCUCACGCCACACUCAGGGAGCCCAGCCAGGGCUGGCAGACCAGGCAGCCAAGCUGUCCUACGCCUCAGCUGAGUCGCUGGAGACCAUGUCGGAGGCCGAGCUGCCUCUGGGCUUCAGUAGGAUGAACCGCUUCCGACAGAGCCUGCCCCUCUCCCGAUCUGCCAGCCAGAGCAAGCUGCGCUCACCAGGGGUGCUCUUCUUGCAGUUCGGGGAAGAGACUCGGCGCGUGCACAUCACGCAUGAAGUCAGCAGCCUGGACACGCUGCACGCGCUCAUCGCGCACAUGUUCCCGCAGAAGCUCACCAUGGGCAUGCUCAAGUCGCCCAACACCGCCAUCCUCAUCAAAGACGAGGCCCGCAACGUCUUCUACGAGCUGGAGGACGUCCGGGACAUCCAGGACCGCAGUAUUAUCAAGAUCUAUAGGAAGGAGCCGCUCUACGCCGCCUUCCCCGGCUCACACCUCACCAACGGGGACCUCCGGAGAGAGAUGGUGUACGCGUCCAGGGAGUCGUCCCCCACGCGGCGCCUCAACAACCUGUCGCCCGCGCCGCACCUGGCCUCUGGCUCGCCGCCGCCCGGGCUGCCGUCGGGGCUGCCGUCGGGCUCCCCGUCGCGCUCGCGCCUCUCGUACGCCGGGGGGCGCCCGCCCUCCUACGCGGGCAGCCCGGUGCACCACGCGGCGGAGCGGCUGGGAGGCGCCCCCGCCGCCCAGGGCGUCAGCCCCAGCCCCAGCGCCAUCCUGGAGCGGCGAGACGUGAAGCCGGACGAGGACCUGGCGAGCAAGGCGGGGGGCAUGAUGCUGGUGAAGGGGGAGGGCCUCUACGCCGACCCCUACGGGCUGCUCCACGAGGGGCGCCUGAGCCUGGCCGCGGCCGCCGCCGACCCGUUCGCCUACCCGGGGGCCGGCGGCCUCUACAAGCGCGGCUCGGUGCGCUCGCUCAGCACCUACUCGGCCGCCGCGCUGCAGUCCGACCUGGAGGACUCCCUGUACAAGGCGGCGGGCGGACCCCUCUACGGCGACGGCUACGGCUUCCGCCUGCCGCCCUCGUCGCCGCAGAAGCUGAGCGACGUGGCCGCGCCCCCCGGAGGCCCCCCUCCGCCGCACAGCCCCUACUCGGGGCCGCCCAGCCGCGGCUCGCCCGUCCGCCAAUCCUUCCGCAAAGACUCGGGCUCCUCCUCAGUCUUCGCGGAGAGCCCGGGAGGCAAGGCCCGCAGUGCCGGGGGCUCCUCGACGGCCGGAGUCCCCCCUCCCGAGCUCUUCCCCGGGCCCGGGGAGCGCCCGCUCGUUGGGUUCGGGCCGCCCGUGCCAGCGAAGGACACAGAGACCAGGGAGCGCAUGGAGGCCAUGGAGAAGCAGAUUGCCAGCCUCACAGGCCUGGUGCAGAGCGCCCUGCUGCGAGGCUCGGAGCCCGAGACCCCCAGCGAGAAGAUUGAAAGCUCCAAUGGAGCAGCCACGCCCUCAGCACCCUGCGGGUCCGGCAGCCGGAGCAGCGGGGCCACCCCAGUGUCCGGCCCUCCCCCACCCUCAGCCAGCAGCACCCCCGCGGGGCAGCCCGCCGCCAUCAGCCGUUUGCAGAUGCAGCUGCACCUGCGCGGCCUGCAGAGCAGCACCAGCGACCUGCGCGGCCAGCUGCAGCAGUUGCGGAAGCUCCAGCUGCAGAACCUCGAGUCGCUGCGCGCGCUGCUGAAGGGCACAGAGGCGGAGCUGAGCAUGCGCGUGUCGGAGGCGGCGCGGCGGCACGAGGACCCGCUGCAGCGACAGCGCACCCUGGUGGAGGAGGAGCGGCUGCGCUACCUCAACGACGAGGAGCUCAUCACCCAGCAGCUGAAUGACCUGGAGAAGUCGGUGGAGAAGAUCCAGAGGGAUGUCUCCCACAACCACCGGCUGGUGCCGGGCCCCGAGCUGGAGGAGAAGGCGCUGGUGCUGAAACAGCUCGGGGAGACACUGACCGAGCUCAAGGCUCACUUCCCAGGCCUACAGAGCAAGAUGCGGGUAGUUCUGCGCGUGGAGGUGGAGGCCGUGAAGUUCCUGAAGGAGGAGCCCCAGCGCCUGGAUGGGCUGCUCAAGCGCUGCCGCGGGGUCACAGACAUGCUGGCCCAGAUCCGAAGGCAAGUGGAUGAGGGUGUGUGGCCACCCCCCAACAACCUCCUGAAUCAGUCCCCUAAGAAGGUGACCGCCGAGACUGACUUCAACAAGAGCUUGGACUUUGAAAUGCCACCCCCCAGCCCUCCGCUAAACCUCCAUGAGCUGAGUGGGCCAGCUGAGGGGGCCCCUUCCACCCCCAAGGGGGGCAACCCCACCAAAGGCCUGGACACUCUUGGCAAGAGAAGCGUGGACAAGGCUGUGUCUGUGGAGGCUGCUGAGCGGGACUGGGAGGAGAAGCGGGCGGCCCUGACCCAGUAUAGCGCCAAGGACAUCAAUCGGCUGCUGGAGGAGACACAGGCGGAGCUGCUGAAGGCCAUCCCUGACCUGGACUGUGCGAGCAAGGCCCACCCAGGCCCGGCCCCCACCCCUGACCACAAGCCCCCGAAGGCCCCCCACGGCCAGAAGGCAGCCCCCCGAACGGAGCCCAGUGGAAGGAGGGGCUCAGAUGAGCUGACGGUGCCCCGGUAUCGCACGGAGAAGCCCUCCAAGUCACCCCCGCCACCCCCUCCCCGCCGGAGCUUCCCGUCCUCCCACGGCCUGACCACCACGCGCACCGGAGAGGUUGUGGUCACCAGCAAGAAGGACUCGACUUUCAUCAAGAAGGCCGAGUCCGAGGAGCUGGAGGUGCAAAAACCCCAAGUGAAGCUGCGCCGGACGGUGUCCGAGGUGGCCCGCCCGGCCUCCACCCCACCCAUCAUGGCCUCUGCCAUCAAGGACGAGGACGACGAGGACCGCAUCAUCGCGGAGCUGGAGGUGUUUGAGAGAAGCUCAGUGGCUUCCCUCCCCCCCACGCCCUGCCGCCAGCCGAUCCCUACCUUGCUGCCCCCCCAGGACUCAGGGCCCCCCGGGGGCUCAGCCCCCGGCCCCACAUGGAAGGCGGCCCUGGGUGCCAGGGCCUUGUGCAUCCCCCGGAUCAUCUUGACGGAGUGUGCCCCCGACCCUCCCUCCCCACCAGAGGCCAGGCUGGAGGAGCCCGGUCCCAGAACGACCCCCACCCCCAGACCCCGGACCCUGGUUGGCAGUGGGAGGGCCCCGCCAGAGGUGGUGGCCGAGGCUUCCAGGCCCAGCAGCAGCUGGGUGCCCGAGAAGCCAGGGGCACCUCUGAAGAGACAGGGCUCAGGGGGCUACAGUCCGGAAGAGGGAGGAGCCAGGGUCCCCUGCUCUCGGGGACCAGCCCCAGACAGAACUCAAGAGCCCUCCACUGCCGAGACCAGAGAAGACCACCCAGAGGAGACCCCCAAGGACUCUGGACACGACGCCCCACCUGGCAGCGGGCAGUGUGAGGGCCAGCCCGGUGCUGGCCUCGGCGGCACAGUGAGGGGUGCCACCCCCCAGCGGAUGGACAGCCUGGAAGAGACGCUCCGGGAGCUGGAAGCCACGCUGAGCCAGAUGGGCACGGCCCCCUCCGAGAGGCCCCUUGGCAGCCUCCCACCCCUGCCCCCCAGGCCCAAGGUGGCUGCCUCCUCCCCUGUUCUCCCCUCCUGCCUUAAUGCUCCAGUCUCUCCAUCUUCAGAGCUGGAGGGAGUUGGGGGCUGCAGGAGCACCCAGACAGCCCCCUUCUCCCACUGGCCUUCUCUCCGCUCCUGCCACCCUCCUGGGAGCCUGGCGACGGGCAGGGUUUGCAGGCUGAGCCCUUGGAGGCUGGGAAGCUGGCCUCCACAGGGACCAGCCCAUCCAGGCCUGGCAGGGACCAGGGCCUCUCCUCUGCUCUGUAUCUGUAAACCAACAAAUAAAGUUUUCUCACUCUUUCCCCCCGCUCCCCGCCCCUCCUGUGUGACUCUUUCUGUCUCUGUCGUUCUCUGCCUGCGCCUCUGGACUCCCAGGGCCCUUCCGGGCAGGUCUGGUACCUCGAGUGGUUCAGGGGGCUGGACUGGUCCGUCUUAGGGAGACUGCACCCCCAUCUCCCAUUGGGAGGAGAUGUGGGCCUGGGGCUGCCAAUCCUGCUCUGUUUGCCAUUAUAAAGACCCCCCCACUCCCCCAUCUCAGACCUGCUCUCCUGGGCUCAGGAUGGUGCCCCUUGCUGGGAGUGGGGGUGUUACAUUAGAAGUGGCUCCCCCAAGGGGUGCCAGCUGCCUCUGGGCUCUCCAAGGAAACCACCACCGAGUUCUCACUGGGGAGCUGAGUGGUGAGGAACCUAGCGGGUACCCCUGCCACCUCUCAGGGAGGCCUUAGACCUGGCCUCAGAGAGUGGCCCUGAGUCCUGGGCAGGGGUGUGGAGCCUGGAGGGGUCUCCAGGGCCCACUGAAGAGGUCCUAGCCCCAGAGACCCCGCCUAGUGCCUGGGACUCCUGUUCCCCC